UGCGCAGUGGAUCUCGGCGGGUAGAGGGGUUUCAGCGCUCUUUUGUUUGGCGGAGGUGGAUCGAACGCGGGAGGCGCUUUUCUCAGCCGUUGCUCUCCUACUUCAAAAGCGGGCCUGCGUCUUCGACCGCUGCAGUCGAGGCUCCUCUGCUUCUCCGUGCUUGUUUUUAUCUUUACAUUUCCACUCGAGGGUUCUUGGCGGGGCUAACCAAGGUAUGCAGAUCCAAAGAGUUAAACAGACACUGUCAGUGAUGCUGAUAAGAGCAGUAUCUGCAACCCUGCUCAAUUGUUUCAGGAGCCCUUCAUUGAACACUCAAACAUUUUGCUGCUCCUGAUACAGGCAUUUUGAAGCAGGAGGUUAAACAGAGGAAAAUAUAAUUGAAUCCUCUCUGAGCUUUUCUUCCUCAAUCAAGAAUCUGGAGGAGGCAGAUGAGGAAAUGGAAGCUAACCUCCUUUAAACUGCAAAGCUGGCGAACACAAUGGGAAAAAAGCAAAACAAGAAGAAAGUGGAGGAGGUUUUGGAAGAGGAAGAGGAGGAAUACGUGGUGGAGAAAGUCCUUGACAGGCGGGUAGUGAAAGGCAAAGUGGAAUACCUGCUCAAGUGGAAAGGCUUUUCAGAUGAAGAUAAUACAUGGGAGCCAGAGGAGAAUCUCGAUUGCCCUGACCUAAUUGCAGAAUUCCUGCAAUCCCAGAAAACAGCACAUGAAACUGACAAGUCAGAGGGAAGCAAGCGCAAGGCUGAGUCAGAUUCUGAGGAUAGGGGGGAAGAAAGCAGGCCAAAGAAAAAAAGAGAAGAGGCUGAAAAGCCUCGAGGGUUUGCAAGAGGGUUUGAGCCAGAACGGAUAAUUGGUGCCACAGAUUCCAGUGGGGAACUCAUGUUUCUAAUGAAAUGGAAAAACUCAGAUGAAGCUGAUCUGGUUCCUGCCAAGGAAGCUAACAUCAAGUGUCCACAAGUGGUCAUCUCAUUUUAUGAGGAAAGGCUCACAUGGCACUCUUAUCCCUCAGAGGACGAUGAUAAGAAGGAUGACAAGAAUUAAUCUGCUUGUCCUUCUGUCCUCAUCCCUCCUUUGGCUGACUUUUGUAUUAAAAUACCAGACUGUGGGUUUGAACUUAAGGGAGAAGUGAAGAAGUUCUUGGCUGAGGAGGAUGCCCUCUGUAGAAACAGGACAAGAUUUCUCCCUAUGACAGUGUGUUUAUGUUUAUAUAUAUAUGUAUAUGUAUAAAACAUAUAUAUUCAUAUAACAUAUAUAUUCAUAAUCUGUCACUUUGAUUGAAAGAAUGAAGGCCACCAUCAGAAACAGCAAGUGGAGGUGGCAGUUCUCUAAAGAUCACCUGAAAUUUGCAGCCUUUUUCUCAAAUAGUGUUAACUGCAUUUUUAGCAUGUGUGUGUAGGUUUCAUUCCUUUUUUGGGUAUUAUUUGUGUAUUGUUGGGUUGGGAAGUGUAGGUAUGUUCCAACUGACUUGAGACAAAGAGUGGUUCACAGUAUUCUAUAGCCAGAAUCAAUUUUUUUUAAAAAAAGCCUGCAUCUUACUGCAAUUAAAAUAAGUUACUCUUAAUUGAGUAAGAUUACUCAAGUUUUAAAUGCUGGAGCAAAUGUGUUUUAAAUUUUAAAAUUAACAGUUGAGACUGCUAAUAUAAGAAUUAUCAUUGCAUCUAAAAUUAGAGAAGAUGAAAAUUUAGACCCUGCAGUUGAACUGGCAACACCUUGUUCUAAAUAAGGUUUCUUUUAUGCAUCUUUUUAAUUUCUUUUCUCACAGAAGUUUUAUUUUUUAACUUUCCUAUAUGUAUGUGAACUUGAGAAUCUAAAUGAAUGGCGUCGAGAAGAAAGCAGAAGAAAAAACGUUCUACAGCACAAAUAAGUUGCAGAAUAUUCUGUAAACACUUUCUGUCAGACUUGGGCAUUAAUUAUUACUUUCUUUGUCUUGGCCUGCCAGCAAUUUCAAUUUAAUAAGACUUCUGUUUUUACAAAGGACAUAAUUUUACCAAUGACUUUGCUCAAAUCCUAGUAAGCCACCAACUCCUUCACAGAGCAGUAUGUACGUAGAAUUGUAUUGUACAAAUCUUUUUUAAGAUACAGCAUGUGUAGGCUUCUGUGAAAAUGUUGUCUAAAACUUAAGUGUUUGGAUUUAACUUCAUAAUGACCUGUCUUUUGUCUUAAUAAAAUUUUAGAUUUAUAAUCCUGA